AUGAACACCUUGAGGCCUACGUCCAAGUCUACAUCCACAGAGGGAAGUGUGAAGCCACAACACUUCGAUACAGCCGACCACGCCCCGAAGCGUCGAAAUGCCGGGCGUGGCAACAUGCAUCACGCUCGCAACGAUGUCAGCGUCCACCAGCAGCCAAAGCGCGGUGGACAGAGCAUGAACCAUUUGCUCUCCUUCACCCUACCACCUCGAAGUCGCCCACCGCUCGCCGGACCUGCUCGCCGAUCGCGUAGAGGUGCCGCAUACACGCCUUUCAACAAGGAGCGCUACGUCAAUGCGCAGUAUCGCUUCCUCGUCAAGCCAACAGGCGACUAUACAGCCUACUUCGCCGACCCGGAUAUCUACCUCAACUGGGCCGACAUCCUCCAGGUGGUCAUCCCGACGUCUUCCGCUCUUGCUGGUGUUGCUUCAUCUGCACCUAUUUCAGAUCAACCCCUCGAGCCGGCGCAUGAAGGAGCCGCAUGUCCAAUCUGCCUUUCGCCACCUACCGCGCCCCGCAUGACCAAGUGCGGGCACGUCUUUUGCUACCCCUGCAUCCUUCACUAUCUAACGAUCAAGGAGGAGAAUAACAGCAGACCGACCGCCCCGGCCCUGCAGCAGCCGACGCAAAAGUGGCGACGAUGCCCCAUUUGCUGGGAUGCGGUGUAUGCGCGCGAUCUCAAGGCAGUGCGCUGGUGGGACGCAAAGGCCGCGGCUCGUGAGCACGAGAACAAGCUGCAAGAGCAACACGAUCUCGAACGAGCUCGGCGCAUCAGCGAGCUCGACGAAGACGGCCAUGAUGCGUCAGGUGUCGUUCUGAGCGACGACAAUGCACCAAGCCUGACCCAUCAUCAUCCAGACAUGCUUGCACUGCGUCUCGUAGAGCGGCCCAACGUGACCACGCUGGCAUUACCCCAGUCAGUGACAUGGCCCGCUUCCGAGCUCGACCAUCCGCUGAUUGCAGUCCACUCGGCGCCGUGGCAUUUUCAGCCCGACGUGAUGGGCUUUGCCAAAUUCAUGCUGGCCACGCCCGAUCUGCUCAUCGAAUCACUCGAGAAGGAUCUACAGGAGUUGGACGAAGAGAUCGGCGUAUUGAAGAGCUUCGGUACAGACGCGAGCGGGCUUCAAUUCGUGGCGCUGGCGCAGAGGAAGGUCAAAGAACAGAUGCAGAAGGUGCGAGACGAGCUGGAUCUGCCGAUCGUCCGCAGCUCCAUUGGACAGGCGCGGAACGACCUGAAGGAACACCAAGCGGCAUUGUCAGGGCAGCUGCAGCGCACGGACCUCAGCCGACGUCAGCGUAAGCGCAUGGAGCGUUCGCAAACCGACGAAGAGCCAGAGUCGACGGCUUCUGUCAGCAGAGGCGACAUCAGUGCAGUUCAUGACGGCACACCCGAGGCUGCAUUGGGAGCAGAAGAGUUUUUGGCGCUUCGGACGCAGACGCAAGGUGGGUUCAUGGGCCGUGCUUCGUCGGACGGCGGAGCGAAAGCAAACAAGGACGACGCGGCAUCGCAAGGAACGAUCGACACCGCUCACAAGACAGGACCGGCUCGCCAGCCCAAAGCACGCAAGAACGUUAAUCCGCCGCAGCCUGAGUCGUCCUCGUACGUGUUCUUCCAAGCAGCGUCCGGCCAGAGCAUCUUUUUGCACCCUCUCGACACCAAGAUUCUGCUGUCGCAUUACGGAGCAUACGCCAACCUUCCGCGGAACCUUGCGGUCAAGGUUUCCGGGGCAGAUGAGGGUAGCAUGAACGAAGAGCUGAGAAGGAGGUGCAAGUACCUGACUCAUCUUCCGAUGGCCGCUGACAUCGUAUUCAUCGAGGUGGACUGGGAGAGCAUGAAUCUGAUCAGCAAGGCAACGUUACGCCCGUACGAACAAGCCUUGCGUCAACGUCGCAACCGAAGGCGAGACAAGGAGCGUCGCGAAGAUCGAGCCAAAACACGGGCAGAGGAGGCGGAGCUCGUCUCGAACCAAGGCGGACCGGCCGCAGCUGCCGCAUAUCGAAGACAGCAGGAGCAGCUCGCCGCCUUCACGAGCGAGGCGAACUUUCCAUCGGAUGGACUGUCGCGCAGCUUUGAGAACGGUCGUACUGGCGGUGGAGCCGGGAGCGCCGUCGAGGGCGGAUAUGCCUCUGGAUCGUCGCCAAGCUUCCGCGAAUCGGCCAUGUUUGGCGCCGAGCGCGAGUUCCCGCUGCAUCGCGGUACCGCCGAGACGGAAGACUUCCCAGACUCGUUGCGUGGCACACGUGAUGGCUUGGAACGGGUCUCGAUCUCUUCUGACGAUCAAGCGGAGCGACGGGUCGAGCAGAGCAGUCAGAGAAUGCCUGCGCGAGGAGCGGCACCUGUGAAAAAGACGGUGUGGGGCACACCUGCCACCAAGGCGAGCUUUUCCAACGCAAUCCAGGGACGCGGUUCUGACGCUCAUGGCAUCUGGGACGACGAUAUGGAAGACGCAUGGCACGAGCUGGAAGAGGACUACAUUCUCGGAUCCACUGGAUCUGGUCGAAGACCUACAGGUGCUGUGAGGGAAGGCCGCGGACUCAAUAGACAGGGUCGUUCCAGCAAUGGUACUGCCGGCGGCGGCGGAGUUGUUGCCAAGGGGCCAACUGCAUGGGGAAACAACGCUGGCUCCAAAGAGGCUGGACAAGAAGCGACCAGGGAGGUCGCAGUGUCGACGGCUUCUACCGACGCAGCGAGCUCCGAUGCGGCAGCUGGUGCGAAAUCGAAACGUGUCAAGAAAAAGCUCAUCCUCACUGGCGGCGGCGGUGGACGUGGUUCACGCUGA